UAAAAUAAAUAUUUAAAAUUGACUCGACUUUGACUUGACAUUCAUGACUUGAGACUUACUUGUGACUUGCACAUGUGUGACUUACUCCCACCUCUGGUGUACACACCCCUAAACUAAGUUAGUACUUCAAUCUUGUCACGGCAUUCAUUUUGUUUGAAAAACAGUCAUUUUGGCAAUUCAUGAGAUUUAUUGUACUAUACUUCUUUGGCAUUAUCAGAUUGGCUGACCAUCUCCAGUGCUUCAAGUUAACCCAAAAAAAUUAGGUCCUGUAAAUUGGUUUCAGAUGUCAUUUUAACAGUGGUUGGGUUUUAGUCAUAUGCAGCGUUUGUGACUUUUUACUGUUUUUCACUGUUUCAAGUUUCUGACACUCUACUGGCUCCAAUCAAGACUUCCUCCAAAUACCAAAAUAAAUAAAUAAAUGCUAAACAAAAAAGUUCCAACAUUUUUAAUAAAAAAAACAACUAAACUCCUUUGUCCAUUGUUUAAUCUAUACUUUAAGUGGACAUAGUUUGCUUAUUCAGUCUACCUUCAGUUUUUCCUAAUUAUGGAGGAAAUGAAUGAUAGAGUAAAUGAAGCACCAGAAACUGUAUUUCCCAUUAACCUUCUCAACCAUCAACAAGGUGUUAUGGCGCAUUUUGUCCAUGUACAGAGUGUUUCAAUUGUCAGCCUUUUCUCAGUGUCAGGUUGGAUGACUGGCAUUUUAGUUGAGUGACACUGAGAUUCAUUUGCACUUAGAGCAUUUUCUUGGUCAUGUUUACAGAUCCUAUAAGAGGAAAAUUAAGCUUAGGGGAACACACCUUUGUGAGGAUGCCAGACUAUCCGAGUACAAUCACACACUUAUUCACACCUUGCAAUACUCAUUUACAACUCAGUCACACCUAGAGGAAAUCUAGUCUGGCCAAUCCACCUACUCACAUGUUUUUUUGGGGGUGAGAGCAACAUGGAAAAAUUGAAGGCAACCCAGGCAGAACAUGUAAAAUAGCAAACAGACUGGAGUCUGAGCUUAAACAAGGGACUCUGGAGCUGUGUGGCAUCCUACUGCUCACUGAAACAUCAUGCCAUAUUCCACCAUGCAAACACAUACCAUAUCAGGGUCAUUGCUUUCCUCAGAAUGUUGCACCAUCAAAAUAAAAUGAUGUAUGUGUUUGUUCAGCUGUGGUUCUGUGGUGUCCGUUUCUAAUGGUGUAGAUGCUGACAGAUGAGCCUCAGUUCAUAAUCAGGUACAAAGAAAGUCACCUUUAAGUCUACAUAAUAAACUGAGAAAAAUAAGUGUAAAGCGAGUGAUUAGUGCAUAUUUAACUAUUCGGUUUAUAUUAGUCAGUAUUUUGUUAAUUCUAAUAAUUAUCAAGACCUCAUAGAAAAAAAAAAAACUAUUGUUCUACAAGUCUUUAUUUUGUUGGUGGUUUAAGCCUAGAAACUUCAGCACACAAAGUACUAAAGCACCAUUUGGACCCCGAUCAUGUACUGUCUACAUUUGGUGGAGGUGAAAAAUGGGUGCAAAUGGGAAAUUUUCCCCUACACGUGAGUGAAUGAGUAAUGUUUUAUUUCGUUUUUUAACGACUUCCUUUCUUAUUCCUGCGCAUCGGAGCUCUCACUUUCAGUGUGCACAGACGGAAAAAAAGGAAGAGAAGUCAAUUCAUCAGCGCGGAGGAAGAGGAGGAGGAAGAGGAGGCGGUUGGAGGAGCACACCACUGCUUUUUCCCCCUUCCUAAUUACUUGACUACUGACGAUGACAAGGCAGUGUCACGCACAUUGGCAGGAUGGAGUAGAUCAUUUGUGUUAAGAUUUAUUUAUUUAUUUAUUUAUUUAUUUAUUCAUUUAUUUAUUUAUUUACUCAUCCAGGUCGCGGUUUGUAUUUUAUAAGAUUAUGAAGAUGCUGAAGAUCAGAAAACAUCAACAGCCCACUAUACGAUUGCGGAAAACACAAGGGAAUAAAGGCAGCUAGUCAUGAAGAGGAAACGCCACAUGGGAAAUGUUGCUGAUGAUGACAGAGAGAUGAGAAGAGCGGAUUAAAAGGCAUGGCUGAGCUUAAGAUCCUCUAUCCCGGUCCUUUAAAUGGUCGGAUUGUUAACAGGGACCUCGAGUGGACUGUGCAACACGAAAAAAGUUAUUAUCCAGUAUGCACGGAUGAAGCGGCUUUUUUAAUCGAGCGCCGCUGCGAGGCUGAACCGGAGGCGCGCGCGCGAGGACAGAAUGGCUUUUCAGCACCACGGACAGAGCCUUCGCUUCUCCACCAGUGGGGAACUGAUGAAGAACUUCACGUGUGUCACGAUGAGGAGUUUGAAACAGGGUUUUCCGAGAUAACUGACGUCGAAAUACGCAUUCAGGACCCAGAGAGCUGUGAACACUCUAGCUCCUUCUGUGAUCCGGAUCUCUCUGAUGACGAUUUUGAAGCAGAUCAGACUGAAAAGUCGGCUGAUUACGGCUUCAUUAGCGCAGUGACUUUUUUGGUGACCGGUAUGUUUCUGGUGGUUGUUGCUUACAUGAUCCCUCGUGACGUCAGAGUGAGUCCAGACAGUGUCUCAGCACGGGAAAUGGAGCGUCUGGCCAUUGAGAACGCCCGGGUAGGCGCACACCUGGACAGAUGUGUAAUUGCCGGUCUUUGUCUCCUGACUUUAGGGGGUGUAGUUCUCUCCACCUUACUCAUGAUCUCCUUGUAUAAAAGCGAGAUGGACAGACGGCAGGCUUUCGCGAGCUCCAAGCUCUCAGCCAAACUCUAUGGGUCUAUUAAUUUUAGAGGUGUAGGUAAUCAAAACAGUGUACCUUCACAUCUGUCUCUGGAUGAGGAUGAUGCAAUGAUUGAAAUUUCAAGCUGAAUCCUGUAUUUCUGUAACUAUGUCUGGUAUUUGACGUUGGUUAACCCCUAAUUAUUCAGUUAUUUACACAUAGAAUCAUAUUCGUCAGUAACUACAACAAAAUAUUCAGUAACUACAUUGAAAUUCAUAGGAAACGUAUGUAGUUAUGAGUGUGAGAUAUGUUUGUCUGGGAGAUUAACUAAUUAUUAAUUCAUCAAUUACUGUGAUUUCAGAGGUACUGUACAAUUAAGCCUCAAUUUCCCAAAAGAUCAUGAAUAAAUGGUAAGGUGAACAUCACACUGAACACUAAACUUGUUCAAAUGAUUACUCGAAAAUACUUUUGGGAAAUUGGAGCACCAGGACUAGAGAACUCUGUGAACAUUGUAUUUUUCAAUCGUGUGUAUCAGUUAGCAUCACCCUUGCAUGAAACAGAUCCUUAUGACAUGCUUUUUUGUAGUAACAGUUGCAUUUAUUGGUUGCAUCUAUAGCAUACAGUGUGUCAUCAAGUCAGUUUGUGCAAAUACACAUGCAGUUCUUUUUUAUUUGUAAUCUUAUGAUAGCAGUGGUGCAUUUCUUGUUGGGUAAUUUUAUAUGACAGCCUGUCAUCAUUUAAAUGCCGCAUCUCCAAGUAAAAUGAGUCUUUGCAUUUGCAUGUACAUAAUCAAUGUGUACACAUUUAUGUACUCAGUCUGAGUGGUCUUGAGUAGCCGACAUUAAUAAACAGAGGAUGCAGUUA